GCGGUGGCCCAGUACCUGGCCGCCACCACGAGUGGCAGCACGCAGGAGCGGCCGGGCUUCCGCCGCGCCCCGCGCCCGCGGCGCGCCAGGCGACCGGCGGCGGCGAGGACCCCGGCAGCGUGGCCGCGGCCGCCGCGGCGUUGCGGAGCGGCGGCGCCGCCGCACAGGGUGUCGUCGAAGCCGCGACAAUAGCGUCGCAGCCCGGGCUGGCCCUUUCCAUGGGCUACGGCAUGACGCCGGAGCAGGAGAUGGAGGCGCUGGCCGAAGGGAUCAAGAUGUUCGUGCAGCGCUAUCCGAUCGACCCGCGGUGCUACGAGUACUUGACGACCUCUUCCAGCGCGGUCAUCGCCCGCGUCCUCCGGGACUUCCGGUCACCUCGUGAAGGUGACCAAGACUACUCGCGCCUGGUGACAACGUACAUCAAGCGCGUCCGGGCCGACGCCCUGCAGAGUGGCGAGUCCGCAGUAGGCGGCCCGAACAAUCCACUCGCAUCUGUUGCGGCUGCGGACAUCGCGGCCGGGCCCGACGUCCGUUACGACGCCGAGGUGCUGGAGUUUCUGGGCAGAUACCCCUGCGACGAGCGCGCCAGGGAUUUGCUGCAGAAGGCUUAG